ACAUUCCAAUAUUAAGCUUAUACCUGAGUAGUCUUAUAAUUUCUUAAAUCAAUAUUAACAUAUGGGGAAUCCUUUUCUCUUUACCAUCCCUAAACCUAAUGGGUUGACUUGACAGAAAUCAUUAAUCUACCUGCGAUCUAGUAGAUCAUUUGAUUAUAUUUUUGAGUAUUUAAGCAGGAGGCAAAGGUUGAUCUUCCAUUAGUAAACAAGAGACCAUGCUAUAUUAAAGAAGUUUCUCGAAAAUAAAUUAAAUUACACAAUAUUGAAUAAGAACUUUAUUUUUUGAACUUCUAAAAAUGGUCCCAGAAUAUGCCGAAUUUGUUGUUAUUCAUAUGAUCUAUGGAAGCACCCGAGAAAAACCUCUAAUGAUGACUCGAAGGCGCGACAAGCCAAGUAGUAGUUUAUCACAAGUUAAAGAUUGGUAUCGACGAACUUUUACAAAAGAAGUAAAUGCCUUAAACCAAACAGAUUGGCCAAUACGAUUAAGCAUUCGAGAAUGGCGAAUAUUUUCCGGCGACAAGAAUCUUUUCACUUUGGACAAUCUGCUUUUUGAACAAAUUUUCAUCAUUCUCGGAGUCGAUGCAUGGCAUUGGAUAUUUUUUAAAAAGGACAGAGGACAUGUAAGAUUGGAAGGAAGUGCAGUGAUACCUUUCUCAUAUUGUGGAUGUUGUGUAUUUAAUCAAUAUCCAAGGAUAUUGGAUGCUAUAAAGGCUUCAAGAAAAAAGAAAAGCUUAACUGUAGAGGGGAUCUUACAAUGUUCAUAGAUCAAUAUUGACAAUAAAAUUUAAGAAUUAU